GCAGGUGGAUUGUCAGCAGCAGUGAGGGAAUCACCGAGCGCACACACACGCACGCGCGCGCGCUUCCCUCUCACGCUCCUCUCGUGCUCCACAGAUCUUCAUUGCUCCACUGUGUCGAUGUGAGACGCGGAUGACAAAGUUGAACGAGCAGGUGUGCACGAAUCGAACCGUCCAUUUGCAGACGUUAUAACAAAGAAGAGGGGUCAUAUCGUGAGUCAUUCUGUGAUGGCUUUAUAAGGUUGUGUGUGAACAAUCUCUGGGAACAAUCGUGAGCAGAAUGCAUAGACACAUGACUAGAGGGUCCUUCCUCGUCCUCUUCCUCAUCAUCAGCCUGAUGUGGCCCAUACAUUCAGAGAUCUCCAACUGCGUCAUCAAACGGGAGGAGGAGAGAUGCAUGGAGCGAAUCAACCUGCACAACCCAAAAGAUGACGAAAAGUUUGAGUGUCCGUGGGAGUGGGAUAAUCUGACCUGCUGGCAGGCGGCCAGUGUCGGCGAGGUCGUGGAGGUCACCUGUCCCGAGCUCUUCGAGUUUAUGAGUCCAGAGGAUGGGCUCGGCAAGAUCAGCAGAAACUGUACAGAGUUCGGAUGGUCUGAACCGUAUCCGCACUAUAUGGAUGCCUGUAUGAUUGUUGAAAACACAACCAAACCUGACAUGUACUACGCGUCUGUGAAGGCUCUCUAUACGGUGGGCUACAGCACAUCUCUGGUGUCUCUGAUCGCAGCUAUGGUCAUUCUGUGCCGCUUCAGGAAGCUUCACUGCACCAGGAACUUCAUCCACAUGAACCUGUUUGUUUCCUUCAUCCUGAGAGCCAUCUCUGUGUUCAUCAAAGAUGGGGUCCUGUACGCAGAGGAGGACAGUGACCACUGCUUUGUUCAUACUCAUUACAAUCCCUGUCUGUAUGACAAUCAGUAUAAACAAAACACAAAAUACUGGUGUGAAGGUUAUUUUUGGAAUUAUUGCAAAAUUACAGCAAGUACAAAUGCUAUAGGGAAAUGGACAAUUACUGAUUAUCCAGCAGACAGUAUUUUUACUGUGAAACUCAACAAUCUGAAAUCCUCAGACUCUGGAUAUUAUUGGUGUGCUAUUAUCGGAAAUCAUGCAGAACCAGAUGACAGAAAAUAUUUGUAUGUAACUGUUAAAAAAGCUCCUGAUGUGUUUGUGGUGAACAGCAGUGUAUCUGGACAUGAAGGUGGUGAUAUCAGUGUUCAGUGUUUCUACAGUUCUGGAUACAAGAAUGAAGUCAAACAGUGGUGCAGAUAUAAAGAUCAGAGCUGUUACACAGUGGGGAGGACUAACACAUCCCAGAAUUCAUCAGUCCAGAUCAGUGAUGAUGGGAGAAAAUCCUUCACUGUGCUGAUGACUGGACUGAGACUCACUGAUUCUGGCUGGUACUACUGCUCUGCUGGAGAUCUGCAGGCUCCUGUUCAACUCCUUGUUCAGAGAGACAAUGAAAGUAAAAGUAUGUCUGAAAGUGAUGAUGCUGGUCAAUUUCCCUCUACAUGCAAAAACCAAACAGCAAGCAAAGAUUCAUGA